AUGGCGCAUUCCAGCGACAGAAGUCUCUUGGACAGGCUCAACGCACUAAAACCGACCAGUGUGAACCUUGAUCGCUCAACCAACGCCUUGAGCAUUCCCGCAACUGGAAUCCAGUCCGCCGAGCCCCUGUCCAGGGAAGAUGCCCUGACGGAACGGCUCCGGUCUCUGCGGAACCGCCGGGACCACUUAGCAGAGUCCGGUGAUCCCCCUCCGCCGUACACCGCAACGUCUGCAACAGGGGAACAGCCACCGCCUUCGACGUCUGCCCGAGUCACGGGAAUAGUUUCCCACGGGGAUGCGGCCGGAAGAAAGCACUCUGGUGGCGACGAGGACGCCCCUGACGGAGGGAGCCAGUCCUCGGGCGAGUAUGAUCACUACUUCGAUGAUGUCCUGCAGCCCCUCGACCUAGAGGACGAGGAGGAGUCGGGCCCGGAGGGCGACGUGAGUGAGGACUCGAAACGAGUAGAGGACCUGCUGGCCAAGCUCAGAGCGGACCCAGGAGCACAGCCUCCGCUUCCUGCCGAGAGUAAGCCCGACGAGCCCAGGGCCAAGGACGAGAGCGAUGAUGACUCCGAGGGCGAGGUUAUGUCGCGAGAAGUAGAAAAUUACAUCGCCCGGACCAUGGAUGAGCUAAAACUCGACGGCCCCGCUUCCCAGCCGGCGGAGCCUGACGCCACGGCCAGUCCGAGCGGAGACCGUGAGGCAGACCACGGCGCGGGCGGAUCGAAGGGUGAUGAUCAUGAUCCUGCCCUCCCAACGGUCCCGCAAGAUGCGGCUGACACUAAAGAGCAAGAUGCCUCGCCAACACCACCCCAACUCGGAGAUGAUGGCAACAAAGGUGACGGCGAGGCAGGCUUAUCCCUCCCAACAGUUCCAACCAAACUAGUCGAUCCAGUCCCAGCUCCAGGAGCAGAAUCAACAGAAGACGACCCCUUCGAGUCGUCGAUAGCAGCCCGCCUCGCCGCCCUCAAGGGCGCCGCAGCGCCCAUCCACACCGACGCAUUCGGCCUGCCCUCGGCCCCGACCUUCCAGCCCGAGGACAACCGUCCCGCGCCGAAGUACAAGGCCGCCGUGGGCCGGGCAGGGUACACAGAUGCGGACCAGAAGACGUGGUGCAUCGUCUGCCUCGAGGACGGGACCAUCCGGUGCCUGGGUUGCGACGAGGGCGGCGGCGAUAUCUACUGCGCGCGGUGCUGGAGGGAGAUGCAUGUUGGACCGUCGGCUGGGUAUGAUGAGCGGGGGCAUCAGUGGGAGAAGUUUGACCCGCGGCGGGUUUGA